AUGCUCGGAUGCAGGCUCAGCACGUGCAACCUCGCUGCACAAAUCAGGUGGCUUCCCCAAAGAGAUCACAUUUUCAAAAAAAGGCUGCCUUACUGGCCCAUAAAACCGACCCCUGUGCACCCCGACACCAAGGAUCUCCUUGAGCUCAAAGACAAAAGACUCAUGGCCAGGGAAUACUCGUACGUCAACAGCCAAGGUUCCUGUUCGAUUCGCUACGACAUCCUGGAGCCGUACAUACCAGAAGACCCAGAGGACGCUUGGGUCCUAGAUGAGGAAUCCUAUUUGAAGGUCACCCAAGGACGGGACUACAGUAAGUUCCAGAGCAAAUCAUGGAGAAAAGAGGAAGAGGAAUCGCUUCCGCCGCUGCCGGAAUCCGUGAAAUAA